GCUAGAUGGCAGUUCCACACUGUCAACAUAAACACGAAUUUAUUUUAUGCUAAUUUGACUUCCCAAGGGAUUUCUUUUCAGAAAUUAUGGCUGAUCAAGAGGAUGAGGAAGUCUUCGAGAUUGUGGAUUUCACAUCGGCAUCUGAAUGGGAGGUGUUCAUUUCAAGGCUGGAAGAAAUUCUGCUCUCCUGGCAACUUUCUUUGAAAGACAAAGAGGAAGCCAUCACCUCAUUUGUAGAUCUAAAUGGAAAUUGGAAAUCCUCAUCUGAAGACAUCUGCUUUGCUGGACAUCCUUUCAUAUUAACACACCACUGGGUAGAACAGCCUACUGUAAACAAUGAUACAAAUAAAAUUGAGUUACCUGCAGAAAAGAAAGGCUGCCAAGUGUCUGCAUCUUUAAUGGAUAAUCGUCAUGAUUUUCCUUUCAACUGUCUUCCUCUUGCCAAGUACUAUGGCCUUAGUGAUUUUGUAGUUAUUACACCGGCUGGCAAUGAAAUGUUGUCUUCAGAGGAUCGAAUCAACCUUCUUUUAAGUUCCAUUACAAUUGCAGUUGGCAACAUUCAAAGCCGGGCUCCAGUGUUUAUUCAGAUACAUUCCAAAUCACAGCAGCUGUAUCAAGGCAUAUUUGAAUGUAAAAAUCUCCGUACGGAUUUUCAAAUGGUACUCCUCAAACGUAUCCCACCAACUUGUAAAUACCUGUCAGGAUUAACUGAACUUUUCAAGGACAAAAUUGGAAGUACUCCAGUCGACCCAGUAGACUUAUCAGUCUGUUGGACUUAUAGUUUAUCUGAUAUCCGAAAUGGUGGAUGGGAAAAGUGGCCUCAGCCACCACCAGAUUUUGAAUCAAUGGGAGGAGUGGUAGGGAAUGCUCCGCUUGGCCAGCUUGGAUUUGGCGCUAUCAAGGAUCCCAUAAAAGAAAUCAGGGUAUCUGCAGUCUGGACCGGUUUAAACGAAGAUGUGGUGGUUGACAGCGAAGUGUACAGUGACCUAGAUCCUGUACAGGCGCCCUUGUGGAUAGCUCGUCUUGUGUUGAACGAACAAGUACCGUCGCUGCUAAUUAAGAGUCUUUGUUCUUUCUUGGAUUUAUGCAAAUCGCGCGAGUCUAUCGAGCAACUACUCGGCAAAAACUACACCGUUUUGCAAAGUCCCGGCAAUCCCGAGUACGAACGGGCUCUUGGAGCCCUCACAAAGGAAAGAAAAGGUUAUGGAUUGCUGUCGUCCAAUAGGUUGCCAUUUGGUAGCAAAAAAGCUCAAACUGGUGGACCCAUUCCUGAAACUAUGAUGGUGAAUCUUCUCAACUACUUGUUUCCAGACGCCGAAGGAGAUUUAGAGAGUCAAACACAUCCUUAUCCUGAACAGUUUCAGACCGAUUGUUCCGCAUCAAUAGACAGUACGUGGAAGGAAUGCUUCUCGGCCUUCAAGACAUCACCAGUAGACAGCUUAGUGUGGCGGUUAGCCACAGCCGUCGUCUACACUAUGACGCACCUCAAUGGGAUAGAGGGCGUGGCCCACUUGUGGCACGAGAUCGUGCUAGAACUGCGAUUCCGCUGGGAAAACGGCUACGCUAUUCCGGGGUUGGAGACUGGUGGUGUGCCCGACUUGAACUACUGCCGCCUCUAUCAGAAAUUACAGAUGUUGAACUGCUGCAUUAAUCACAAAAAAGUUGGAAAUUCAGCGCCAACUGUUGAGGCGACGGAGGAAGACGAGUUCUACGACGCCGAGGAGACGUUGGAAUCGAUGGAAGCGACGCCGCAAAAAGAGCGCCAUUCCGUCUGGAACCAGCCGCAGGGCCGCAAAGAGCGGACUAAAAUGAAAUUGCUUGGUUCGGGCGAGACCCUUUACGAACCGGUGACUCAAGCCCUCCUACCCAUGACCGAAGAUAUGGUGGAAGAACAGGCCGAAAUGAUGGAGCAGCUCGGUGACAACGCUGAGGGAUCUGAACUCAGGGCCAGAAUCCUCUCCGCUUCUCUGCUUUCGGAUAUGGAAGCUUUCAAAGCUGCCAAUCCUGGAGCCGAAAUGGAGGACUUUGUGCGCUGGCAUUCGCCACGGGACUGGAUCGAGGAGGAAGUGGUGACAUCGGAUGGCUGCAAAACGGAAGGUCGUUUAAGCGGGAGGAUGCAAGCACCGGGUAACCUGUGGCAAGAAAUGUGGCGGGCAGCCAAGCCGAUCGUCGCCUGGAGGCAGAAACGCCUCUUUGACGACACCAAAGAGGCCGAAAAGAUCCUCCAUACCUUCUCGUCACUCAGACCGGCUCAAAUAGCCACAAUGCUCUUACCUGUUAUGCACGCAUCCAUUCAUCGGUUGCUGGAAGAAUUGCGCCCCAACGUCCAACUGCCCGACGCUGUUUCCAAUUGUCGGGUUGCUAUAGCCAAGAUCGUUCAAAUCGCGCGCCACUCACCUCUUGAUUUACAACAAUAUGAGGAUUUGCUACCAGUGCUUCAGAAGAUUGAAGUUCGUCUGUCACAGUUCAUUUCAUUGCGACGCAGAAUUAACGACUAUGGGGACUGGGAAGGCAUUGAUGAGUUUGUUACUCGCCUCUUGAUUGAUGGAAAUGUCUCUCUAGCAGGCGGAUCACAUUCUCCGGCCGGAAAGGCCUUACUCAAUAUCAUGGGAAGCCUGAAUAAGAAGGAUCCAUCGUCUGGACUACCUUCUCCGGUGAAAAAAGAAUUCGUUCUCAGGGCAAUGGCACAUCGUCCAGGCAACGGUUCGACUUGCAGCUGUCAGAAAUUGUUCUGUAGCGUCGACGAGGACUCUGUUCGCUUAGCGGGAGCUUGGACACAAGACAUACUGUUUUAUUGAUACACGUUGGUAAGCAUACCGAAUAUGAGCGGCUCAUAUUUUUCUUUUUUUAAACGGUUUAUUUGCCUUGCUUUGUUAGCGGUCGUCUUAAAAAAACGUGCGCACCACAAAUGUUUUUCCAAAUCUCAAAAUAUA